AUGACGGAGAAAACCCCUCGUCUCAUGGCCGACGAGCCUGGUUUGCGGCCCGGUUUGACAGAUACAGACCUUCAAGAGGAAUUUCUUCCAGAAGAGUUGAAGGAGCUGGAGAAGAGAAUUCGAUGGAAAGUUGACGUGCGACUCUGUACAAUCGCCGGGAUUCUGUGCAGCCUCAAUCUGCUCGACUCGGGCAUUCUCUCGUCUGCUUCGGUGACGAGCAUGCUAACGGAUCUCAACCUGCAGGGGACGCGCUACUCCGUCUCCAUCUUCAUCUUCACUAUCGCCAGUGUUGUAUUUCAACUACCGUGUACGGUCGCAGUGCGCUGGAUCGGACCCCGAAUUUGGUUCUCAGCCAUCACCUUCUGCUUCGGGCUGAUCACCCUGUGCACCGCGUUCAUUCACAACUGGCAGCAAAUGAUCGCCCUGCGUGUCCUCCUUGGCAUGGUUAUGUCCGGUAUCUACCCGGGCUUGACCUACCUGGUCAGUACCUGGUAUACCCGGCGUGAGCAACAGCUUCGUUUCGCGUUCCUCCAGUCAGGCGAGGUUACCGUGCUGGCCACCGGCAAUAUCGUCAACUACGCGCUGAACCUGCUUGAUGGCCGCGCAGGCUUGGCAGGAUGGCGCUGGAUGUACCUUGUGCAGGGGCUCAUCACUUGCGUUCUUGGUGCCUUAACGUACUGGUGGAUGGUGGACUUUCCCGAACGGGCUGGCAACAGCUUUUACUUCCUUUCGGAGACAGAGGCUCGAGUCGCUGUGCGACGUAUUCAGCUGGACCGUGGCGACGUCGUGCCAGAGCCCUUCACCUGGCGCAAGAUCGGUGUGAACUUCCUUGAUCCUAAGUUAUACGGAUUCGCCUGCAUGUUCUUUCUAUUGAAUCUGGUGUCGACAGCGCUGAGUUACUUUCUGCCCAUUAUAUUGCAGUCUGGAAUGGGGUUCUCCAGUAAUGAUUCAAUUCUUCUUUCCACGCCACCGUACUAUUGGUCCGUUGUUCCCGUUCUAUUCACUUCCUUCAUCGGCGACACGUAUCGCAAACGCGGUCCAUUGAUCAUUUUCAAUGCGCUUUGCCUGGUGGCUGGGUUUUUAAUGUUCGGCCUCCCAGCCUCGACUCAGGUCACGGUGCGGUACAUUGGCACCUUCCUGGCCACCGGCGCAUACGUCUCCAACUGGGCCGCAUUGAAUGCGUUCAUGGCCAACAACGUGGUCGGGCAAUGGAAACGCGCCACCACGGCGGCGGCCGUCGCGGCCUGCAACGGCUUGGGUGGUGUAGCAGGCAGCUAUAUCGUACGACAGCAGGAGGCGCCGCAGUAUGCAACGGCCGUGUGGGUAUCUGUUGGAUCGCACAUUCUUAUGAUCGCCAUCGUCGGGGUAUUCACAGUGUGUUUUUAUAUCUGCAAUAGACGAUAUGACCGGAAUGAGCGGGCGCCCCAGAACAUGCAGGUCGGCUUCCGAUAUACAUACUGA